UUGUUUUGUUUUGUCUGGUCUGGAGCAGUCUCCAUCUUUUCACCUCGAAAAACCCGUUCCUCAGAUUCUCCGAAACCUUCCAAAGCACAACAAGUAGAUUUUUAUUUAUUCCCCUCCUCCUUCCCUUGUAGGAAAUCACAGGACGAGGAAUUCUAGGAUUUCUGGGAAGACGAAAUGGGGUUGCGCCGAUUCUUUAUCGGCAUGUUGUAGUGACCGUGUCUUGUGUCUGAACUGAACUGAACUGGCCAUGUUUCUUUCGUCCCCAUAAAAAGAUGGGGGUCAGAGCUGGUUCUUCCUCUGCGGUCUCUUGUGUUGCUACUUCUGUUUCUUCUCCUUUCAAGCCCAAGAUUUUCCAGCAUGCUUUUUUGCUUGUGGAUUGUCAAUCUGAUACUUGGUGGAGGUGGUGGUGAUGCUCGGCCUAUUAAGAGUGCCAUGCGGAAGCCGCCCAUCUGAUACUCACUGGCUGAGCAAUUCUAAAGCCGUCAAGGCUCAUGGCUUCAUCAAUGGAGCAGUCAUCUCGAAUAGAAAGUUCCAAAAUGAGAAAAAUACUCUCUGCGCUACUUCAGUUGGGCAUGAACAAGACAGUGAGGUUGAUUUGGAUGCUCUAGAGGAGACAAAUAUUCUCACUCCCUCUGAAGAAUCGUUGUCUUCGAGCAGCUUGUAUGUCCCUUUAGAGGGAACUGAUGGAAAAUCGGGCCUAUUAUCAUUUUACAAUCGCCCAUAUGGAAGGGAGGACAAACUAUCCAUCGUUUACCCACAGGGAAAUCAAAACAACCUAGAAUGGAUCAUUGGGCCAGCCGUGCUUGUGACAUCCUUUAUUUUCCCUUCACUCUACCUUCGGAGAAUACUAUGUACUAUAUUUGAAGACUCUCUUCUGACAGAUUUCCUCAUAUUGUUCUUCACGGAAGCUCUGUUCUACUGCGGUGUCGCAAUUUUUCUUCUACUUAUAGACCAUAUGCGAAGGCCUUUGGCGUCCGAUUCCGCAGAUGAAAAGAAGAGGUUGGCUCCACAAUUGGUGCACCGGAUCUCUUCAGUUGCUGCCCUGGUGCUUAGUCUUACCGUUCCUAUGGUGACCAUGGGCUUAGUCUGGCCAUGGACCGGCCCUGCAGCUUCCGCAGCACUUGCUCCAUAUCUGGUCGGUAUUACUGUCCAAUUUGCAUUUGAGCAAUAUGCAAGAUACCGCAAAUCCCCUUCCAUGCCUGUGAUACCCAUUAUAUUUCAGGUUUAUAGGUUGCACCAACUAAACCGAGCAGCACAGCUGGUGACAGCCCUGUCUUUUACAGUGAGGGGAGUGGAAGUGACUCCAAACAACCUGGCAAUAAAUAGCUCCUUAAGUACUCUUUUGAAUGUCCUUCAGUUUCUUGGUGUCAUUUGCAUCUGGUCACUUUCAAGCAUCCUCAUGAGAAUUUUUACUUCGAACCCCAUCACCGCAGAAUGAAUGGUGAACAGUUUAGUAGAAAUCAUGAGAUAAUCACCUCAUUGUUGGACGUCCAAGCAUGUACUAUCUUUCAGAUAUAGUGUUGAUGUAAGGGUAAGAUAGGAUUUAACCAAGCGAAUUUGUAGGCCACAGAGGUGAAUUAACGGUUGAGGUGGAGAUUCUUCACGGCAGAGUAGAAAGUUAUUGAAGGAUCCUAAGGGUAGUUUAUACGCUGGAGAUCGAGUUAGCAUCACUCUGCUGAGAUGUGCCAUAAAGAAAACAGUUCACAACCAACAACGAUUGAACGUGUAAAAA